AUGUCCACCGUCUCCAAGUCUUUCUAUGCCAUCGUAGCCGGCGUCGGCGCCGGUACCGGCCGGUCCGUAGCCCUGCGUUUCGCCAAGGCCUACCCGGUCGUGCUCCUCGCCCGCAACCCGUCUAACUACACCGAUAUCGUGGCCGAGAUCAAGCAGCAGGGCGGCGAGGCGCUGGGCAUCAGCACCGAUGCAUCCGACGCGGCGUCGGUUGCCUCCGCGUUUGAGCAGAUCAAGAAGGAGUUCGGGGACAAGAAGUUGGCGGCUGCUAUUUUUAAUGCCGGCGCUGGCUUCGGCAUCAAGCCCUUCCUUGAGACCACCGCCGACGAGUUCAACCAGAGCCUCAGCGGCAACGCUGGUGGCCUUUACAACUUCGCCCAUGCUUCUCUCCCGCAACUCCUGGACUCCGUCGACGCCACAUCGCCAGCGCCUCUCCACCCGCCAACGCUGCUCGUGACGGGCGCGACGGCCUCAGUGCGCGGCUCGUCACGCUUUGCCGCCUUCGCGGCGGGUAAGUUUGCCGUGCGGGCGUUGACGCAGAGCCUGUCACGCGAAUUUGGCCCGCGCGGGGUGCAUGUGGCGCAUAUCAUCGUAGACGGCACCAUUGAUAUCCCGCGGACGAAGUCGCGUAUUGUGAAUGACGGCAAGCCGGAUGGGAAGAUUGAUCCCGAUGCGAUCGCCGAUAGCUACUGGCACUUGCACUCACAGCAUCGGUCGAGCUUUACGCAGGAGUUGGACCUGCGGCCGUAUGUUGAGAAGUUCUAA